AUGCCCGCCCAGACAUCGCACAGUCUUGUCCGCAUCGUCAUUGGCGCCGUCGCCGUCCUCACUCUCCUCGCCUACUUUUCGCCGACACCGCCCGUCAGCAUCGCCGCCAAGUUGAGCAAAAUGACAGGCGCCGCCGACACAUCCCAAGAUCCCAUCCCGGGGCUCGUCGUCACCCUGGCGCAGGUCCCCUCCGCGAGCCCCCCCGCGUUCCGCGCCACCAUCACCAACAAGAACCCCUUUGCUGUCUCCUUUCUCGACUAUGACUCCCCGGUGGAUGAGCUCGUGGUGCAGCUCGGGCUGGUCGAGCUCACGCCCGCCGCACCUGCUGAUGCCAAGCCCGUCGCGCUGGACAGCAUCAAGGUGAACCGCCUGUGGCCGCCCAAGGUGGACUUUGUGCAGGAGAUUCCUGCGGGCGGCAGCGUGUCGGGGGAGGUUGCCGUCCGGCCGAAGAGUGUGCCGUACGAGAAGCUGGGGGAUCGGUUCUUUGUGCAGAUGAAGGGCGAGUGGCGCGCCGUCAUGGCGAUGCCCAAGAGUGAAGUUACAAAGGAGUUUCUGGAGCAUAUCCCCGCAAGGCCGAAUACGUACCAGGAAGUUUUUGUAUACGCAAAUGUGAGAACAUGGUUGAGACACGCCGCACAGAGUCAAACGUGA